GUCUCUUUCAUCAUGUCGACCAUUCCACAGCAAUACGGCGAGAAUGGCGCGGGCAAUGGCACCAGUGCCCACGACCACGCCAACGGCACGAAUGGCGCUUCCAUCCGCAAGCCAUACGACUACGGCGGCAACCCGCUCGCCCACGUCAACACUGGCGAAUCUGUCCGCCUCGCUGCCUUCGGUGGUGAGCUGCAGCCAGGUCUCUACCGCUCCACCGAGAAGCGAAAGUUUGCCAACCCAGCUCCUCUCGGUCUCUGCGGUUUCGCCUUGACGACUUUCCUUCUUUCGGCUAUCAACUUGGGAACCCGCGGUCUCACCGAGCCCAACCUCGUUAUUGGACCUGCUUUUGCCUACGGUGGUCUUGUCCAGCUCCUCGCCGGCAUGUGGGAAAUGGCUGUUGGUAACACUUUCGGUGCCACCGCUCUCUCCUCCUACGGUGGUUUCUGGAUCGGUACCGCCAUCAUAUUGACCCCAGGCGGUUUCAACAUCAUCGAAACCCUUGAGGCCGACGCACCCAACCCAUUCUUGAACUCCUUCGGACUGUACCUCAUGGGAUGGUUCAUCUUUACCUUCCUGUUGCUCAUACUCACCGUCCGAUCGACCGUGGCCUUCUUCCUUCUAUUCCUCAGUCUUGACUUGGCCUUCCUCAUGCUCGGAAUUGCUUACCUCGACUUCACUGCUGAGGGUGCACCAAACCCGACUAUCCUCAAGGCAGGUGGUGGUUUCGGUAUGAUCGCCGCUUUCAUGGCUUGGUACAACGCCUUCGCCGGUAUGGCCGACUCCAGCAACUCCUUCUUCCUCGUUCCCGUCGCCCACUUCCCCUGGUCCGAGAAGGGCCGUGAAAAGCGCGGCAAGGUUGACAACAGCGACGAGCGUGAGAAGCAGAAUGUUUAGACGUCUGUCUUCUGCGUUUUGCAGGUUGCGGAGGAGAGUGUGCUGAGAGAAAGAAUUGAUACCCGAGAGCUCGCCGACAGAACUGGCGUUUGACACAGCUGGUAUACUGUGGUUGCUUGGAUAAAUGACACAGAUUGUGUAUAACAUCACGAACAUUUAAUGCCGAACUUGUCUACACAUCGU